UUUAAGAUCUGUUUAUAUAAGUGAGUCCAAUUGAUCGGCGAAGGGAAUAUUGUACGAGCUGAGGAACAGUGAGGAUGAUUCUCGCCGCGUUAGGUCAGAUGAAAACAAGUUUGGUACCGCGCAGGCUGUACGGGACUAAACCGAUAGAUAGGCGGUCUCCGCUCGCCAAAGCUACAGGCAGUCUAGUGAAGGCUUUCACUUCUGAUUUACGGAUCAUGACCGAGAGAGGAGUUCGCACAGAAGUUCGUGGAACCCAGAAAGUUCCAGGAUACAAACCCACAAAAUUUGACAGAACGAUUUUUCUGUGGUCUGGGCGUUUCAAGAAUGAGAAAGACAUUCCUGCUAUAGUUUCAUUUGAAAUGCUGAAUGCAUCAAGAAAUAGGGCUCGAGUAAAGACUUGCUACAUCAUGAUUGGUUUGACCAUUUUGGCCUCUUUUGCUAUGAUUGCAUCUGGAAAACAGGCUGCUGAACGGCAUGAAUCACUUGCCAGCUGGAAUAGAGCCAAAAAGGCAAGAUGGAAAGAAGAGGCUAUGCGUGAGCAGGAAGCUGCAGUGGCUAUCCCCGUUGUUAAAUCCUGAUAACCUUGUCAAAAUAAACCGUACAACUAAAUACAGGUUGAAGUUCUCUCUCAAUUGCACAGAAGGUAGAAGCUUGUAGCAAAAAUGAUUAACAUGCCUUUUAACUUUAUAACCCAGAUCUACAUACUUCACUUAAAUUACAUGUCCCUCGUCCACAAUUCCUAAUCCACAGCAGACCAUUAUUUUUAAUUUGAUAUUUUGUCAUUUUUUCCUUCCACACAUGGCAUUAAUUAUUUUCAUUUAUCUACACUCAACAUUUGUACAGCUUCAAGAACUCCAUAAACAUAACUGUCUGUAAACAUGGGAAUAGAACAGCAAUUUCUACUAUUUGAAAUUACAUUAAUCAUGUUUUAAUUUAGAAUUUAAAUGGAUUAUAAAUAGUAAUAUCAAAUGCAAAGGAAAAUGUUUCAUUGUAUGGGAAUGAAUUGAUUAUUUUACAACUAGAGCACAACCAAUGAGGAAAACGUAUCACCAUUUGCAUUAAUGAGCAAUCAGCUCAUCAGUAGGAGACUGCUAUACAAUGAGUCUUGAGAUGUUACAUUUGAUGCUUCAUCUGAUGAAAUAAGACCCCCUGGUUCCACUUAAAGAGCAAGGAUUUCCCCAUGUUCUAAUUAACAUUCCUUCCCAAACCAUCAAAACAGAUUAGUCAUUUCUUUGUUUGGGAAACAAUGAAAAAAAUAUGGUGAUCCAGUUGUAUUGAGUCAGCAUUAAAUUUAAUUUGGUGUAUAGUCAAAGUGAUUGAUAUCCCAAGAAUUUGAUGAAAGGUAUAUCUAUUGAGACAAGAUAGGCAUACUGCACAAAUGCAAAUUCUUAUAGGAUCAGAACCAAUUUCAUUUUGUCUAAAAAAUGGAUUAGGAGAAAUAUUGCCUCAACGUCAGAAAAUAAGUAACCUUUCUAGUGCAAUAAAGCUUUUGGCUUUUCCGAGCCAACAAAAAAAAGUUCAGUUCCUUCCCUUUGGUCACAUUGUUUAAAAGAUUAAACCACAGACACACAAAAGCAGACACACUUAACAAUUACUACUCAAAAUAUGAAGUUAAACAGCAUAUCAGUCAUGUGAAUGGAUUUUAUUUUCACUUUCCAGAUAUUUUCAAAUUCAAUACACUUCAAUGCAACUGAAUAAUCAAUUAGCUUGAGUAUGCUUGCAAGAUAUUCACUAGAAAACUAUUCCCCAGUCCAAAAGUGGAAGGAAAAAAUGCAACAUUCUUUGCACAUAUACAAAAUGCACAAAACAGAUCGGAGAUCUUUUGCAUGGUAUUAAUUCUUGCCAAUUUGACAGUAUUUUAAUUUAAUUUUGUUCCAACACAAAUUCAAAUUAAAGGAGAAUAUGGAGCAUGGAACAAGAGGAAAGGGAAUUCAGGACUGUUGAUUCCUAGGCUGUUGCCAGCAACAGGAGUGAUAGUAAUUCCAAAUGAAAGAAAAUAGAUCCAAAAAGAUGAAUAUACUCAUGUCAAAUUGUACAAGCUCUGGUCAUUGUAAAAAAAUAUAUACACACACACAAAAACAUUUGCUUUAAUGAAGAUAUGUCAAUUUAGAGCACAGAUUUUUCAAAUCUUUAGAAACUUAUGAUUUAUGCAACUAUUGCUGGUAAAGAUGUAUUGUAAUUAUUGUUUAAUAAAUGAAGCUCUUAAAUAUUUCUGCUGAUACAUCUAGCACAGUAUUAGUUUUCAGGUUCACAUUAUUUUGUAUAUAACACAACAUACACACUGCAAAAUGCAGCAAGGUAGCUAAUACAAAGUUUAACUCAAAAUGAGGCAUUCAGUUGGACAUGUGGCUAAUGUAGCAAACAAAAGCAACAACACAAUGCCAAAAUUUAUUUUGGCUUUUUGCCAAAUCAGCACUUGUAUUGUGACUUCUCAAUUCUAUAGCAGGGAUACCGACUGGGAAACCAAGCAAAACACUAAAUUUGCAUGGGAACUUGAGGCAAGAGGAGAAUAUUUCAGUUAAGACAAAAUAGAAAGUAUCCCUUUAUAGAAUUUUUAUAUACAGUUUUAUCCCAGUCAGAUUAGUUUCUCGUGAGGUUUAUCGUAAAAUAUCAACUUAACGGGACAUUUUUUUCAACAUAAUACUGUUAGAGAUUUUAAGCUAAUAUUUGGUCAUGUUAAAUACUGUGCAAAUGAAAUAGAGUAAUCUUUCAAAAGUAGUGACGACUGUAAUCAAUUUUAUGAUGGAGCACUGGUGAUCUGUUAUGAAACUGAAAUAACCAUGCAUAAAACAGUAUGUGGAAAUGUUUCCUACACUGCAAUUUUGUAUUACUGUUCCAUAGGUUUUUAGAGUUGUAGCCAAAUUCAAGCUUUCAGCCAUAACUACUAUUUAAAACAAAAAUCCCCAUAACCUAUGAAUGGCAUGCAGCACAGAUGACACUUUUCAUUGAAAGGCAUCAUCAGCUGUAGUGAAAAAAAAGAAAUAGCUAAUUAUAACUAUGUAUUUUAGUAACAGAGCAAGGAGUAUUUUAAAGUUUUUCCAAAUAUCUCUUUAUAUACACACUUGCCACUGUACAUCAGUUACAUUUAAUUAUAAUGCAAAUUUGGCAUGUUUUAUACUUUCAACCAACACAGAUUAGCAAUCUGUUCCCUUUCACUUUAGAAUUACUGUUGGCAACAUUUGUGAAUGAUCAGUAACACAUGGGUUCCGUUAAAAUAGCAAAAGAAGGUGUUGAACAUCAUGUUAACCCAUUCAGUUGAUAUCACCAAUAAUUUUUAGCCAUUACUUCCCAUUUUCAUUUCAACAUUGUAGAACAGUAAAAUUAACUAAAUUAUGACACGCUGUAAAAAUACACGAGAAUUACUAAAUCAAAUUCAGAGUACAGGAUAGAACUAAGUUAUGAACCUCAAGAUUUAACCAAAAUUUAUUAUGUCGAAUUUUUAAACGACAGUCGCCCAUUUUAAACAAUGGCUUUUAGGAGAGAAGUAACAUGAAAGUAGUGAUGUUUGCAUAUUUACACUGAACCUGCAAGAGCAAAAUUCAAAACUUUCUUUACAAAAUAAAUCAAAAUCACUGUACAACAUUCUUAUCACCAAAGGUUGUCCUUUGCAGGCCCUAAUGAUCUGAUAGAAAGAAAAUUUUAAUGCUGCUGCAACACCCAAGAAAUAGUAUCUGAAACUGUGGCUGUGAUUUUAAAUUGCAGAAUACAAAUGAAAGAUUCAAGGAUCACUUUUGCCACCAUUUUUCAUUCUUUAAUGUCAAUGUGGUGACAUGACCUUAGAUUUCUAAUCAGCAUUUUAAAACUUAUUAGGUACCUAUUAACCAUUUUAACGAUGAAAGUUACUCUACUAUUUUUUACAUGUUCAUUAAAUGAACUAUGGCAUUUACAGAAAUAUCACCCCAAGGGACCAUCAGUAGUAGUGCUAGUGAAGAAGAAAAAUAAAAAAGGUAAUAUACAAGACCAAACAGAUUAGUUGUGAAAUCCCUCUUAUGCAUUAUUAAAUCAGUAAUCAGCACUUAUUUGGUUUUUCAAAAUUCUUCUGUCAAUGCCUAAUUAAUAAACACAUUUUACAAGAGGAAAAUGAUUACACCUCCCUUCAGUUUAAUCUAUUGUUUUCCUGGGAGGAAAGAGGAUAGAAGAUGCAAAAGAGUGGAUGGGAGGGAGAAGAGGAACAAAUUUAGCUUUUAAUCAGGUAUUCCUCAUUGGAUGAACCUACUAGGGAAUUCUAAACACACCUAAUGAAAUUAUCAACAUGAUGUAUAGUCAGCAGUGCUACAAUUUCACGUCUCCUGUUCAGAGUGCAAUUUUUUUUUAGAAAGUUAUAAAUAAAUUUACAGGUUUUCAUAUUGAAAUAUAGACUAACAAAUGCUGAUAAUUACUGUUUUCAUUCACAUUAACUUGUAUUGUUAACAAAUAUUUUAAGUCAAUAACUUUUAAACAAUUGUGUCCUAAUUUAAAGAGGUAGAUAUAUCAGCAGGGGUGUACCUUUAAACUCAUUAGAGACACUAGUGUUGAAAGUUGCCACGAUAGGUUAAAUUUGCUCAACCAGGUAUUUUUUUUAAUGUAAAUGAGAGCAUAAACUUUUUGGACUUUAGAAAUAAUUUUGGUCAAAUAGAUUUAGACUUAAAUUCCAUUAUUCAACACAAAGGAAACCACACCCUGUAACAGUAUUUUGAGGCUCUAGAAACAAAGAAUAAAUAAGUAUACUGCUUAAAUUAGGGCUGUAAACAGUUAAAUGAAAUAGUACUAUUUGAUGGCUGUAAUUUCAGCUUAAAUAUUGAUGUAUCUGCUAGGCCAAACCUUUUCUUUUGAGCAAUUCAGAUACAUAAUUCAGAUCUAUGACUCAAGAUACCUAAAUGAACAUUAAAUAUGCAACAUAAAAAUCAACAGCCGCAGUUUAAAUUACAUAUUAAACUGCAAAUAGAAAAGUGCAUAAGCUGUCUCACAUUUUUGCUCUUUC